AUGGCCACAUCCCCAGAGGACGCAUCCCUCUGUUUCGCCGAGCGGCUGCGAGGCGACGUUUCUGGGAAUGGGAUCCUUCUCAACUGCUUCGGAGGCUCUACUUCAACAUCUAGGAAGCAACCUUCCACUUCAGUGGAAUAUCUCUGCCAGCGCUUUUCUCUCGCCCAGCUUCGAAAAUCCACCAAUGACUUCAGCGAAAGCCACUUUCUGCGCCAAGGCCAGCAUGGUCCGGUGUACAGGGGCUCCAUCUCCAUCAACGGCCAACUGAAAGAUAUUACAGUGAAGCGUCUGGGAGCCGGUUCCUCAAAAGGUCUCGCUCUGUACAAGAACGACGUCCUGUUUAUGAGCCAGCUCCACCACCCGAAUCUGCAGCCUCUGGUUGGAUUCUGCGACGAUAAAAAUGAAAUGAUUGUGGUGUAUGAGCAUGCCCCAAAAACGGAUCACUCCGGGAUCUACUUGGGAGCAAGCCGCCCACGUUAUGGUGGAAGAAGAGGCUGGAAAUCAGCAUUGGAGUGGCGCGUGGACUGCACUACCUUCACUCUGGAACUAAACGCAUCAUCAUUCAUCGCCAUAUAA